AUGAAUGGAGAUAAAAUCAUGACAUUUGUGCAUGAUCUUAAGCAGACAUUUCGCAAAGUAUUGAAGAGCGUCUGCGGCGAAGACGGAGGAAUACGACUUGAAGACUCCGGAAUAGGGGUAUCGUCAUAUGUGUAUUUUGGACGUUCUAUGAAUAUGGAGAACGACUUGAAAGAAGAACUGAAUGGAAGGAUGAGAACAGCGUGGGCAGCAUUCGCAGCCGCCAGGAAAGCUACGAAGCAACUGACGGACCAAGAUCUCUGUGCUGUCCCACCCGUUCGACUCCACAGUUCUUCCAGCGCUCUUUUAAGCAGCGGAGACACGGGCAGACACCGCACCCACGUCUAG